CAGGAACUCUUUCUUCCGCUUUUAGAGUCCCCGCCCAUAGUUCAAACAGGGAAGAUGGCGGGAUUUCCCGGGAUUGUGGUUACCGCUACUCCGCCGGACGAAGAACAGACUGUGGCCGGGACAGCCCGUCAGGCCUCGGCCUCAGCCCUUCCCCGCGAGGACUUCCGAGUGCCCUGCACCUCGAAGCGGGCCGUGACGGAAGUACUAGAACUGUGCGGCCGCUUUGUGCAGCAGCUCGGGGAGGCGCUGCCGGAGGAGAUCCGGGAGCUGGCGCUGCGGGACGUGCAGUGGACUUUUGAAUCAGCUGUGCAAGAGAAUGUCAGUAUUAAUGGGCAAGCAUGGCAGGAAGCUUCAGAUGGUUAUCUUGUAGAUUCUGACAUCAAAAUACUUGAAGAUCAGUUUGAUGAAAUCAUAGUAGAUCUAGCGACUAAACGCAAGCAAUAUCCCAGAAAGAUCCUUGAAUGUGUCAUCAAAACCUUGAAAGCACAACAUGAAAUUCUGAAGCAGUUCCAACCUGUUGUAUAUCCUUUGGACCUGAAAUCUGAGCCUGAUCCAGCUUCCUGUAUGGAACAUUUGAAAUGCAGAGGAGAAAGUAUAGUCAAGGACCUCAGUGGCGCCAUGAAGGCUUUGCCUGCAUUAAUUGAACAAGCAGAUGGGUUUUCCCAAGUCUUAAAGAUGCAGCCUGUUAUUCAGCUCCAAAGGAUCCACCAGGAAGUCUUUUCCAGUGGUCACAGGAAGCCCGACACCAACCUUGAGAGCCUCAUAUCACAAAUAGAAACCACACCAACAGAGACUGCUUCCAGGAGAACCUCUGAUGUGGUGCUUAAAAGAAAACAACCUCAAGACUGCCCACAGAGAAAAUGGUAUCCACUAAGGUGUAAGAGAAUUAAUCUUGACACAUGAUUUUGUUGUGGGCAUUGAAAAUAGACACUAUCAACAUGAUUUCAUUUAAAAGGACAACCAACUUUCUUACUAGUGAUUCACUUAUAUAGACACAUUAACUGCUAUUCUGGACACCGUGCAUAUUUUAUUUUAGCAUUUCAUUCAUAAUUUGCCAUAAGGCCCCCCCAGUGGACUUGAAUAGUAUGCACUUACUGUCCUUAAAUGCCAUCCACUCUGGGCUGUCUUGAACUCUUGUGAAAUUUCAUGAGCUACAUGUUCUGUUGGGUUUCCUUUAUGUAUAUCUUUCUUUAAGGCUGUGGUCUGCAUGGUGGUUCUCUUAAGUGCUGAAAACAAACAUCAGUGCCACACAAGUCACAAGUGCAGUUUGAUUUGGGUUUCUGGAAUUCAUUUUAGAACUUUGUUUUGUUAAGAAGACCAUUGUUUGUACAAGAAUUAUUUUUUAAAAAUUGAUACGAGGCCAUGUAUUCUGCCCACAUUUGUGGACAUUUUUAAAUGACUUGGAACAAAUAGAUUCUUUUUAGAAUUCCUCAUUUACUUCUAAAUAGAUCCUUCAAGCUCAAAGAGUGUGUGUGUGUGUGUGUGUGUGUGUGUGUGUGUGUAUGUAUUGAUACAUUGGCAAUACUGUGGGGGUUUUUUCAGCAAAUGCAAUUAUACUGAACUAUUGUAUAUGUGAGGUUUGUAUGUCAUUACUAGCAAGUCUGAGAAACCUUACUUUGUAUUAUACUUCUAUCAUUGAGCUGCAGUUUCUUAGAGCUUCUUGUAUGUGUUAUACUCUACAAUGUGGACAGGGCAUCUCGCUUGUUAUCUGUUUCCCCUGAGGUGACUGAUGCCUCCAUUCAUUUUUAGGGGCACUCACUAAUCCUGACUGGGAAACCUGUGCUGUCUUCCUCAUUGUGUCCUCAUAAUCACAAUCAGGUCUGUCUCAGUGAAUAAGAUUCCAUCAUGAAGCCACUUUAUUCCAUUCUUCAUUCUGUUUGAUGUUACAAUUUGAGAUCUGUA